AUGGAUAACGUACCUUAUGCCAGUGCAGUAGGCAGUCUCAUGUACGCCAUGAUUGGCUCCAGACCUGAUCUUGCUUAUGCAGUGGGUGUGAUAAGCAGAUUCAUGUCAAGUCCAAGCCGUGAUCAUUGGACCGCCGUCAAAUGGGUUCUGAGAUACCUACGAGGAGCAUCAAAAGCCAAGUUAACGUUUACAAAGAAUGAAAGAUUCAGAGUCGAAGGAUUUUGUGAUUCAGAUUAUGCUACUGAUCUAGACAGAAGGCGCUCAGUUACUGGUUUUAUCUUCAAGGUUUGGGGUAAUACAGUUUCGUGGAGGUCUAAUCUACAAUCAGUUGUGGCUCUAUCAACUACAGAAGCAGAAUACAUGGCACUAACAUCAGCUACUAAGGAAGCUAUCUGGUUGAAGGGAAUCUGUGAAGAACUAGGUUUUGAUGCAGGGGCAGUUAUGAUUCACUGUGAUUCGCAAAGUGCUCUGGCCUUAGCUAAGAAUGCAGUGCAUCAUGAACGAACUAAACACAUUGCUACUAAGUUUCAUUUCAUUCGGGACAUUGUAGCAGAUGGGAUUAUCAAGCUCUAUAAGAUUCAUACUAGCCGUAAUCCAGCAGACUUCUUAACUAAAGCCUUACCUGGGCCUAAGUUUGAGCUCUGCCGGGAUUUGGGAUUUCUUGUUCAGAAAAGGUUUUCAGCGAGAAGAGGUAAAGAUCUGAGUUCAGGGUUUCAGAGUUUUACCUGGGGAUUUCUUUUGAGCAGCUACGGAGCAGUGGAUCUGUUUCACGGGAAGUUGUUGAGAAGAAUAGAGGAAGUCGAGAAGCUACGGAGCUUCUUGCAUGUCACCGGAUCUCGGCAAGCACGAGGAAUCGGCCAGUGCUUAGUGCGGAGGCUGAUAAACCUCAAGAAGAUACUUGCAGAGACAGUGGUCGGCACCGUCAAGCGGAAGCCGGAGCUCAUCGGUUCAAGUCCGAUUGGAGCAGUCGUCUUCACUAUCGCGGAAAGACAGAGAGAAGCAGCUAGGGCCCAAGACGGAACCCAACCCCAGCUGAAGUUGACACGUCAGCAGAGUCAACGUCUUCUUCUUCUCCUCCGUUAUAAACCUGCAACAAGAAACGGAGAAGGGGUGACGCGAGUUAGUUACAGAGAGAUAGAGAGAGAAGCGAGAGCAUUGCAAGGUAGAGAGAGAGUGACUCACAUUGAGAUCAUCUCUGGUGCGAUUGAGCUUCUAAUCUCUUGUAACAUGUACGGUGGUUUCCGGUUGAUCGUGUUCUCUGUUCAUGCACAACUAGUCAACGGUUUCAUUUGUGAGGACAGUGAUCCAAUAGAUGAUGUCCUGGUUCUGAUGCAGGAGCCUGUGCUAACUGGAUCGUUCCCUCCGUGCCUGUGCUAUUGGUUUAAGGCCCACGAUUGA